AUGGCCAAUGAUCCCAUUUUGCUUACCAAUCUCUCCAACCUUCCUCCUACCUAUGACCCGGCAAAACCAGUCUACAUGCUGAAUCUGUGGAAAUUUCGCCAGCAAGCCUCAUAUCUCCCCGAGCACUCCCAUCUCGCCGGCGAUGCAUGCACAGGUCAGGAAGCUCUACAGCGAUACCGCGCGGCCAUUGCACCCUUGCUUCCGCCAAACACCAGCGUCGUCUUCACGAGUACGGUGUUGGCCAAGAUUGCCGCCCCAGACGACGAGAACUGGAGUUUUGUUGCGAUUCUCAAAUACGAAACACUAGACGGGUUCAAGAACAUGGUGGAUUGUAAGCAGUAUCGGGAAGAGGUGGAGCCACAUCGGCUCGCGGGGCUCGAGGACCACAGGUUGAUUAUGAUGGAUAAGCUGGAGAUGUGAAUGUUUGUGGAAAAGGGAUGGUGGGUUUACUGGGAAGAGAUGAAGCAAGCGCUGGUAGUGCGCCAAGUCACGGCAAUGGCCACGUGGGAUGGACCAUGAUGACGUAGAGCAUGUAAAAGCAACUCACCACUCCUAUCCAUUUUAAGAAAGCUUAAUUUAC